CAGGAGGCUGGGGAGGCAACCAGAGGUGCCCUGAAGGGCUCCUGGGCUCAGGCCGCCGGAGUUGGGGAGAAGCUGCGGCAGCCAGCAACGAGGGCGGGGCUGGGUGACAGGGGCACCGGCCAUGCAGAAGAAAAAUCUUGCGCGGCUAAGAAAGCAGUUGGGGGGGGGGGGGCUAGCAGAUGCUUCCGUUUGAUUUCCACCUGACAUCCCUUUUCUGUCCAGCCCAGGGGCCUCCCAGCUGCCUGGCGCAGAAAGAGGGCCCUGGUGGCUGGGUGAGUUCCCAGACGCCUUCAGCACAGGCAGCCUGAGCGAACCCCCUCCCAGGCCUGACGCUUGCUGGACCAGUCCCGAAACCGGUGCGCGCUCAGUGUCCGCCUGGGUGAGAGCUGAGGACACAGGACUGAGACGACGCUGGCUCCAUCAGAGUGGCCCGGCGGUGCUGGAAGCCGACCCAAGCACAGAUCAGCGGAGGGCAGCUAUGGGGACGGGGGUCGACAUCUGUCUAGCUGUACGAUGUCCUCUCAUGCAGGGCACCAGAUACAUCGUUCCAAGUUAAGUGGGCUGAGCCGUGGUGUCGGAAUCGCAGUGGACGCCCGACCAGGCCCCCGCAGUGGGAGCCUCGUCCCUGGCGGCUGUACGUCUCAUCAGGUGCGGGCCAGGGCGCCCCUGUGCUGCUCGCUGGCUCUUAGAUGUCUUGACAGCGCUCCGAGGCUCCUCUCAAGUUCCCUCGCAAUGCAGCACUCCUGAGGGCGUGCCUACACGUGGCCUGAGUCUGUCCUUUUUACCACGGAGUUAAAUAAGGAAUCCUCAGACCCGACGACUGAUUGGUGGUUGAUGAGUGCCCAUGGUGUAAAGCAGCAGGCGGCUGUCCACGCCCAGGACUGGCUCCGAGAGGACGGGUGCGUGGGAGCCCGGGGGCGGGGAGCUGCCGGCCAGUGAUGAGCGGCCGCGUGCCACUGGCAGAGAAAGCUCUGUCCGAAAGCUACGCCCGGCUGCGGUACCGGGACACGUCCUUGCUCAUCUGGCAGCAGCAGCAGCAGCAGCUGGAAUCGGGGCCCCCCGGGACCUACCUGAGCCGGAGCCGCAGCAUGUGGUACUCGCAGUACGGAAACGACGCCAUCCUGGUCCGGGACAGACACAAGCUCGGAGUCUCCCGGGACACGGGCCAGUCCAAGUUCUGCACAAUCAUGUAAUCCCAGCGGGGCAGCCCGGGCCUAAGCGCUGAACUGUGCGGACAUCAGGCCACGCUUCCCUCAGUGAGUGGCCAUGGUGGCUUCCAGGCCUUACUGGGAGAUUCUGGACGGCGAACAGGAAACCCAGCUGUGCUUCAGGAACCCAAGAACGCUCGCGGGGGCUCCCAAGCCCUCUCUGCUGUAUCACGCGACUGGUGGACCUGGCUCCCGGGCCGGUUCCAGCCCUGCCAGCACUGGGGGCACAGCCCGGGCCGGGACACAGCUUGAUGCUGCUUCUCUCUUAGGUUUCCAAGCAGACCAGGAGAGAGGGAUGCCCUGGCUUCAGACAACCUUUUCAAAACUUUCUAGGUUGUUUCCAAUAUUCCUUUCUGCCUGGGAAAGAACGGGACAGCUCUAGAAAAAGGUGAAGGAAUCAGGGUCAGGUAUGGCCAAGCAUCGUGUGCGGGGCCAGGCGGGAGUCAGCGGCCGGCAGCAGCCUCGCAGCGGGGCCCUCGACGAUGAGGAACGGGCACUGUGUGCAACUCGCCACAGUUGCUUCCACGUCAGAUUCCACGUACUUGAGGGCGAGCUCGUGAGAGCAUCCAAGAACAUUACGGAAACCAAGAAUCAUUUUUCAGUUCGACAUCAGCUGCUUACAGAGAUUUCGGACAGGAUGUCGGGGCUGAAGCCUCUGCGCGGAGGUUAGCAGCCCAUCACCCCUGCGGCGACCCCCGGCGGACAGUUUCUGUGAGGCAUUUGCAAAGGAUGUGCCGUCUGCUGUUACUGAUGUCUGCGUGGUUAUGCAAAUGCAGGAAUAUCUUUUGUCAAAGCUGAUUUUUCUAAAUAAAAAUGCUAUGGGACACUCC